UCAGGAAAAAGGUCAUAUGUAUUAAGUAAAUUGAUGAAAUUGGACUGUAUAUUUAUAGUCAAGCAUUAUUUUUUCAACAAAAUGCCUUACUAUGCAGUAGCCAUGGGUCGAAAACCUGGAAUUUAUGCUACAUGGGACGAAUGUAGUGCUCAAGUUCUUAAAUUUCCUGGAUCAAUAUAUAAGAAAUUUGCAACAGAAAGCGAGGCUCAAAACUUCAUAAAAGAGCGUUCUUCUUCAACUAUAGGAAAAAAUUCUACUAAAAGCUAUGCUUCAUCAAUUGUGAAAUCUGCAAGAUCUCAAAUGUUGCCGAAACAACUGUUUACACUUGGUCGUAAGCAGUCUGCACUAGUUCAGACAAAACCAUUAUUAUCAAUUUCAAAAAGGACAUUAUCUUCAAGUGACGAUAGUAAUGAACACCCAAGCAAAAAGAGAAAAAUAGCGGACAUUUCAAACUAUUGUCUUCGUUGUGUAGCUCCUCUUGACCAGGAUGACAAAGCGAAUUUUAUCAUGGAUAAAGACGACUAUGUGAACGUUUUUACGGAUGGUGCCUGCAGUUCAAAUGGAUAUAAGAAUGCACGAGCCGGUAUUGGUGUUUGGUUUCGAGACAACCAUCCCUUAAAUGUAUCUGAACCGGUAGACGGACGACCUACUAACAACAUGGCAGAGAUUCAAGCUGUUACAGUAGCUGCAAAACAAGCGAAAAAGGCAGGGAUCAAGAAAUUGAAAAUCAACACUGAUUCUAAAUUUCUCAUCUCCUGCAUUACGCAAUGGAUGCCAGCGUGGAAGAAAAGAGGAUGGAAGACUGUGGGUAACAAACCAGUUAUAAACAAAACAGAAUUGUUGGAAAUGGAGAAAGAAUUAGAGAAUUUGACUGUUGUUUGGAAUCAUGUGAAUGGACAUGCAGGAAUUUAUGGUAAUGAAAUGGCAGACAAAUUGGCAAGAGAAGGCUGUUUGCGAUAUAAAAAUAAAGUUGAAUAA